AUUUUUAUCCAGCUUAACGGUACUGUCGCGGGGCUAAUGGUUCGUGCUCUAUUGUUGUGUGAAGCGAACUGAAAGAAAUGCCGUGACGUCCACUUCAUUCCUUUAUAAAAACAUUUUGCGAUGGACUUUCGGCACACAGUUCAGCAUCCAGCUUCGAACAAGUGUCAAUGAUGUCGGGUCUCGUGAGGAGUAUGAGUGUUUCGACGGUGACGCUGGUGUUCUGCUGCUUGGCGCUGAUGUGCACGGGUGCUUCGCUGACGGGACGCUGCAAGGUCAAACGACACACGCACAAAGCUAUGCAGACAGACCUCAAUGGAAGACGGUGUUGGGAUGAUGUCAAGAUCACUGGCUGUGGAGGAUACUGCCUUUCUUAUGAGAUUUCCGACUGGCAGUUUCCGUACAAACAGUCCCAUCACCCUGUGUGCGUGCAUGGGGACCGAAAGCACGCUUCAGUGAAACUGCGUCACUGCGACCCCGGAGUACAACCCGGCACUGACAUUUACCACUACGUUGAAGCUACCUCUUGCAGAUGUCAGGCAUGUUCAUCGGAGGAUACCAGCUGCGAGUGGCUACCCCCCGACUCUUCACUUCUUGGUGGACUAGUUCUCAGAGAGGAAAUAGAAGAAGAGUUAGAACAAAAUAGUUUCUAAAAUGCACGAUUUUAUUAAUCAACACUGUAUAAAAAGGACCAAAAUACCUAAUAUUUAUUGUAAUGUUGCAAGUUACAUUUUGGAAUAAAUAAGUAAUAUUUUAAGAA